GGCCGCCUGACCGUCAGCUUCACUGCUUCUACAUAGGUAGUAGCAAAAGCAGCAGCAUGGUUAGUAGGACUACGCAACCCUCCUACAUACUAGUGUAGUUAUACGGAAUAUACAUAGAAGCAAGGCAAGGCUCCAUCUGCCGCCCUUGGCUCUUUAUAUCCGACUUGCUCGUUUUAGUCCAAGUGUUGUAGGUACUAUCGCCCUGUCGCCCCGGACGAAUCAAGAUUGUCUAAUAGGGGAACACGACCAUCCCGUCCCCCGCCGUUCGUGCAUAUACUAUAUACUACAUACAUAGAUACAACAAGUCAUAGCCAUGGUGUGUGUGUGUAUCCAAACAACCAGGUCCUUGUCAGGUCCUUGUCAGGCCCUUGUCAGCUCACCCUACCGCCUAUUCACCCUAUCUACCCCGGACCUCCGAUCCUCUCAACAAGAAGGGCCACUCAUCGUACCUCUAUCGUACUAUUACCUACUUUACUCAUAAUCAUCCCAUACUCCCCCCCUCUUCUUUGCUUUCUUUGUUCUCUUUUCUACCUUUUGUAGCAAGCAAUUGAACCUUCCGACGAUUCAAAUCGGCUCAGUUUAACAUCUUUAAACAUCUUUAACAUCUACUGGUCCGUGCAUUUAGAGCUCCAGCUCCCUUCCAAAGCUCCAAACCAUGACUGCUGGUCCCCGCCUUACAGCUCCGGCUUCAAAGCUCGUCCGCUCAAUCAGCACCACAGCUACGGCCUCUGUGCCAAAGUCCAACACAUUACUUACGGGCUCUAAAAAUGCUGCUCCUUUGUCGAGGAAAUAUGCAGACCUCCUCAAGGAGAGGAAUAUAGAUCCGGAUCAUUCCCGUCACCUGUACACACGAUCGUCAAACCGUCCUCACCCUCCACCUCGCACAAUGCGCUUAAUGCAAAGCUUCACCUCGAGUGCCUCUCAAGUUACUCAGGCCGAUGCCACCACUAUGGACCACAUCUUCUUCCCGGGUUCGGCUGCCCUUCAGGGAUCGUCUAACGACCCGUUCGCCCACCUCCGUGUCCCUUUACUCCCCGACAACUUCAUCACUCACCACACCCCUGAGGCAACAGACGGCCCUGUUGCCCCUGCCCAAAUCAGCAUCGUUGCCGCAAACCCGGAGCUCGUAUCCCCAUCUGCCCUUACCGAAGUAGAAGGCAUGGGCAUCGACGGUGUCGAGCUAAAGUUCGUCCACGAGGAGUCGAAACCGGAGCAAGAACAGGGCAUGCUUACGAAUAUGUGGAAGGGCCUGGUCGACGACGUGAUGGGUCGUAGGAAUAAAGGCAACAUUGCUCUUUAACACGUGCUGGCUCACGAUGGUUAUGAAUCCAAUUGAUGGGGAGGCGGUUAUUAUGACAUGUUUUCAGGCUCUGCCGGGAUAAAGGCAUCGAGCGGGCGGUUCUGGAAGUGCUUCGGGACCGGUUUGUGAUAUGUUGAUUUAAUGAAUUUGCUUGUUGUGUAUUUUGUUAGCGAGAGCGGAAAAGGUCAAUCUUUUUGAACAUAGAGUCGAUCGUAUCGAUGAUACGCAAUCCAAAUCCAAGAGCGACACAAACAGUCAAGUCGCAGAAAAAAAGAAAAGGAAUAAACCUCCCUCCCUUGUGCGAGCUACAAUUUGUGUGCUGUGUUUCAUCCAACUACCUUGAGG